UUGACCACACUACUCUUACUAGCUAUUUCACUCUCUGUCUGGUCUCUUCCUUCCUCAUAUUUCAUAAUUCAAGUAUACCCACCUAGUCAUUCAUUAUGCCCUUUAAUAUUUUUCCGAGUUUCUUGCGAGCUUCAAUUAAUGUAACGCAUAUAUAAUAUGAAAAAACUAAUAUAUAUAUAUAUAUAUAUAUGUGUGAUUUGCAUGCAGAGCAGUAAUAUGGCGGUUUGGCUAAUUCUCUACGUGAUGAGCUUAUCUGGUCAUGGUUAUGUUUAUGGUGACAAAGGUUGGAUUAAUGCUCAUAUCACUUUCUAUGGAGGGGGAGACGCUUCUGGGACAAUGGGCGGCGCUUGCGGGUACGGCAACCUGUACAGCCAAGGGUAUGGGACGAACACGGCGGCGCUGAGCACAGCCCUGUUCAACAACGGACAGAGCUGCGGAGCUUGCUUCGAGAUCAAGUGCGUGAACGACCCCAAGUGGUGCUUACCCUCCACCAUCGUCGUCACCGCCACCAACUUCUGCCCACCCAAUAAUGCUAUGCCAAACAACGCUGGCGGGUGGUGCAACCCUCCCCAGCAACACUUUGAUCUCUCUCAGCCUGUCUUUCAACAUAUUGCACGGUAUAAAGCUGGGAUUGUUCCCGUGGUUUAUAGAAGGGUCCCUUGCAUAAAGAGAGGAGGCAUCAGAUUCACAAUCAACAGUCACUCAUACUUCAAUCUAGUGCUGAUCACCAACGUUGGUGGGGCAGGUGACGUCACCGCCGUAUCAAUCAAAGGGUCAAAAACUUAUUGGCAAACCAUGUCAAGAAAUUGGGGUCAAAAUUGGCAAAGUAACUCUUACCUCACUGGACAAGCCCUCUCAAUUAAGGUCACGACUAGUGAUGGUCGAACUUUGGUCUCUAACAAUGUUGCUCCUUCUGGCUGGUCCUUCGGUCAAACCUUUACGGGAUUACAAUUCAAUUAAGGAAGACAAACAAAAGCAAACCCCCCACAAAAUAUAAUUUCAUAUAAAUUUUUUUUAUGUUGGUUGGGUUUUAGGAUAUGGUCUUUUGUUAUGAGUCAUUAUAGGUAUAAAGGACACAUUUUAAAAUGGUCCCAAUCCUAUUUUAUUGUAUUAAUUAAAAAGAGAGAAAUAAACGAUUUAAGAAAAUGAUGGGGAUUCUUGUCGGUUCUGUCCUCAUUUGUUAAAGGCAGUGACAGAAUAUUUUGGCUGCGAUGGGGCAUUUAUUCAGUGCUACCCUCCCUCCACCUUUUUUUUUUAUUUGAGACAUUUUAGUUAUUCAAUUAUAGUAAUUUUUGGAUUGGAGUGUUAUUAAUGUUGUGUUACUCUUUAUUACUUUAUGAACAGAAACUGAAAUUGGUGUAGUAACUUGUAUGGGAAAAAAAUUGUGGCCAUUUUGGAUAUGGUUAUUGAUGAAUACAAUCUGUAUUCUUUUUCUUAUUA